ACCUCUCGUUUGACCACCACAGGCCAUAGGGUUGCUUCAGUGCAGUGCAGUGGCUGUUGAUGCUGAAUAGUUAAUCAAUGUACGGAGACUCAAAGGCGUUCCUAAUGUAAACAGUAAUUAACGUCAAUGAUGAUUGAGUUUGUUAUUGAGCCCUUAAGUAUUGCUCAAAUGUAUGUUGGUGUUUCAUUAGUGACCAUGUCCGAGGGUGGCUUUCACAACCUGAUGCGGCCAAUCAUUGUACCCGCGCAAUUUCUUGGAAUGUUCCCAAUCCAGGGGGCGGCUUGACCAUCUUCAUCCAUGCUGCAGUUUCGGUGGGCAUCCGGGCGAACUGCUGUGAGUAUUGUCGUCGUAAGCUGUUCGCUUCUGAUGGCAACGGCUGAGAUUCGUCGCAUAGUCCGAACUGGCGUCAACUUCUCCAACAUCAUUGGGACGUACUUUUUCGUCGAUACGGCAGUGAUUGUAGGCAUGACGCUGCUGAUGGCUUCGGGUUGGAGAAGGUUUCUUUGCGAGGUAGAGAAACUUGAACAAAUAUGGAUCAGAUGGCCCUACAAUUUGCGAAGCUCACGGCUGAAGUUGACAUGCUGGAGUUUGGCCGUGAUAUGGAUGAUUCUUGCUGUCGGUAAGACCGUGACCCCUACUAUUACCUCUUUUCAAUGUAUCGUUUAAACCGAUUUCCAGUGGAACACUGUCUAGCUUCAUACGUUCACGUCUUCAGCCAAUAUAGAGAAUCUCUGCGCUGCAAUUGGGCAUUCUCCAAUGCUGUGGAGAAUUUCGCCGUCCGUAACUAUGCCUACAUCUUCAACUGGAUGCCGUAUAACGUCCCGGUUCUGUUGUUUGUUCGAUACGUAACUUACUCCCUGACGAUGGCAUGGACGUAUCAAGAUGUUCUGAUCAUGGUCAUCAGCGCUUACGUAAAGGCACGGUAUAGACAGUUUUUCUGGCGUGUUGAGGCUGCUUGCAGUGGAGCAGUGCUACCCGGUAAAUCCUUCUGGAUGGAGAUUCGAGAGCACUAUGUUGUUAUCAGUGAGUUCCUGAUGCACGUGGACAGAAUGUACUCGCCGUUGGUAGUUAGUUCCUGUUGUAACAAUAUCUUUUUGAUAUGCUACCUGCUGUUGCACAGCUUGAAACCACAACCAUACACCAUAUCGUUUAUCUAUUUUUGGUACACCCUUUGCUUCCUGAUUGGUCGUGCCCUGACGACCCUUUGGAUGGCAGCCGAGCUGAAUCGAGAGAAAGGAACGGCUCUGCGGGUGGUUCAACGCAUCGCCAGUGAUGCUUGGUGCCCAGAGCUCGAACGGUACUAUCUGCAGCUGCGAGCGGAAGUUGGCGCCCUUUCCGGUGGCAGGUUCUUCCAUCUGACUCAUCAGACAACCUUUACCAUUGCAGCCGUAAUUUUCACCUAUGAAUUAGUGAUGAUAAAAUACUCCAGAAUGACGGCAGCUAACGUGGGAAUUCCGGAGAAUUGUUCUGCUAUGGCAUUUUCGCAAGACUGAGGAGCAUGCAG